AUGUUUACGCGGUGGAAACGUCGGAGCCGUAGCGCGGGGUCGCCCUUUGGUGCGCCCGCGCCGGCACGCGAUUGGCGCCCCGCGCGCCAGGUGCUCACCCCCUCACCCCGCUGCCCCCCGCUCCACCACCGCCCGCACAACGGAUCGGCGCGCGCGUUUAGUGCGGUACCGCCGUAUCGAUACGCACAUAUCGAUGCCACUCCCCACGAGGCCUUCUCGCAACCCUUAAUUGCGGCCUCAGCAACAGCUUAUGAUGCUACACGGUUACGCCUGACCUGGUGGUCCUCUCCCUUAAAUAGCGGCAACGGCACCCUCUUGCCCUACUUACGCUAUCCUUCCAUCCAUUCCUAUCCUAUUGAU